UUGAAACGAGAGAGUGUAAAUAUACUUACGAAAAAAUCAACAAAAGACAUUCUCGCCAAACAUAUUUCAUACAGUCAUGAGACGCAAAAGAACUCGGACACAACUGCAGUGCCACAAGGUGAACAAACUCCAGUAACACAACUAACGGAAAUAUUUAAUUGUGAUAUUUGCGAAUUUAAAACAUCUCAAAAACGUUGUAUCUUGGCACAUCUUAAAGCGCACGUCGCUAAACAAGUGUACUGUUGUAAUAAUUGUGAUUAUAAAUGUAUUAAAAAAAGUAAUUUGCAAAUGCAUAUGAAAAUACAUACCGGGGAAAAACCUUAUUCGUGUAAUAUCUGUGAAUUUAAAUGUAUUCUAAAAAGAAGUUUGCAAACACAUAUGAAAAUACAUACUGGAGAAAAACUUUAUUCCUGUAAUAUCUGUGAAUUUAAAUGUAUUCAAAAAAGUAAUUUGCAAACACAUAUGAAAAUACAUACCGGAGAAAAACCUUUUUCGUGUAAUAUCUGUGAAUUUAGAUCUAUAAGAAAAGAGCAGUUGAAAAAUCAUUUAAAAACACACACUGGAGAAAAACCUUUUUCGUGUAAUAUCUGUGGAUUGAGAUAUAUUACAAAAAGUAGUUUGCAAAGGCAUAUGAAAAUACAUACCGGAGAAAAAUCUUUUUCGUGUAAUAUCUGUGAUUUUAGAUGUAUAAGAAAAGAUCAGUUGCAAAGGCAUCUAAAAAUACACCCUGGAGAAAAAUCGUAUUAG